AUGAGUCUACGAUCAACAGCGGCAAGCCUGUCUCGAAUCCGAAAGUCUGGCCCUUCGAAAAAGUCUCCUCUUUCACCACUAAAACCUAAGCCAAAACAGCCUAAACGUGCAGCCUCCAAAUCAAAUGAUGAUGACCAUUCGAAACUUACGAUACUCGAUCACAAUGUCCAUCUCCAAUAUGAACUAUCAGGUCAGUCAAGCAUGUUAGAUGCUAUUGACCAACUAGUUCUUAACCAAUGGUCUGAACAGAAUAUGUAUCAUGAUCGACAUUACAGUCAAGAAGCAAAGCAGAAUGCUUCAAAUUCACCAUCAGAUCUACUAUUCCUGUUGCGUGGACUAUCCAUGGAAGUUAAAGCGGAGAUACUUAAGUAUCGGAGCCAGCAACUUCCCAGUGGUAUCUUGACUGUGAACCAACUAUACACUAUGUUUGAUCACAUGGGAAAUACCUUCGUGGAUAGAAGUCUUGAGAUGUGUAUUCGAGAAGGACUUAUCAAGAAGUUCGUUAUCACAAACGCCCUGCCAGUGAUUCUGAGAAAUGGACAGAUCGGUUUCAACCCUAAGGUUACUUAUGGCUACGAGAAUACCGACGUAGUGGUGAAAACAGAUCAGUAUAUCUCGUUGAUUGAAGAGAGUAAAGAUGGAGAUGAUGGGACGUUGACGAAGUUUAGAACCUAUGUGGAGAACAAUCCUGAGUCGCUUUUCGUAACUAAUGAGGAUUUUUCUGCUCCACAGCUAUCACUAUUGGUUAAUUUAGGCUUCCUCACAUUAACAUCAAACCAUCACAACGAAAUCGAUGUGCAUCAGUAUUCCAUUUCGUUUCCUAAGUGCGGAACUUUCCUCAAAAUCAUUAAUGCUGGUAGAACAUGGUUAGUAAAGACGCUUGGAAAGUCCAAGUACGAUGAACUUCUCGAGGAUGUGCUAUUUGAGAAGUGGGAAGGCAAGAAUUUGGCCAACUUUCGCAAGCCGUUCUAUGGCUACGAUUUACUAUGGGUUCUAGCUGAUGCUAGAGGUGCAGGGGUGGUGGAAGCAUUCAACACGCCAGUGGGACGUUGUUGGAGGCUUACGGGAAAACUUUAA